CAGAAAACACACCAGCAAUACGCACCACAAGAUGAGCACGGCCAUGGCACCACUCCUGUUCGCAGUGCUCGUGUUGCCGUUUGCAGCACCUGCCGCGGUGACGAUGGCUAGAAGAAACUGCUCCAGCUACUGUGGUUAUCCGUCGAACCCGCCGCCGCCUUAUCCGUUUGGAGUAGGGCCUUCGUGCUCCAUGCCUGGUUUCAAUCUCACCUGUGAUGCAGAUAACGGCACUUACCUCCUGCUGGGCAGCCCAACCAUGAAGGUGUCUUUUUAUUCCAACGAAUUCAACCACAACCUCCGCACCAGUAUCUCGUACUUCGUGGAGAUGAUUGCCGGCGUCCGCGACUACUCCCUCCACUGGGAAGCUCCUGCCAGGCCCUUCGUCAUAUCUGGGUCGUCAGACAUGUCGUUGUUUGUUGUUGGCUGUGGUGUGAAGGCCUCGCUGUUCAUUGGCAACUCGGCCGUUGAGGUCGGGAGCUGCUUCGCCGUCUGCGCGGAAGCUCGAAUCUUGGAGAAGGUACUCGCGGGUACUUGCAGUGGCCUCGGAUGCUGUCUCAUUGACAUACAAGUGAACCUAAGGGCGUUCACCCUCAACAUCUCGCGUAUCAGCGAUUCGGCGCGCUCGGAAGGAGUGCACGCCUUCAUCAGCGGAGAUAAGAACCGAUUAUUCAGUCCGAUUGAAGCCUUAAGAUCUAUACUGCCAGUGCCAGUGCCAGACGAAUACGAGUAUUCCACUGUGAAUACUGUACUGGAUUGGUCUAUUCCCUACCAGCCGAACUGUAAGCGCGCCAUGCAGAACAAGGGCAGCUAUGCAUGCGUUAGUAAGGGCAGUGAGUGUCACGACUCGCCAAUCGGUGGAUACCUUUGCUAUUGCCAGCGUGGAGAGGGCAACGCGUACGUCGACGGCGGCUGCGACAACCCGCCAGGUUAUGAGUCCAUCCGGUCGAGAACAGAUUGUCCCACAUCGUGCGCUAACGUGAGCACCCCGUUUCCCUUUGGAACAGAGCUAGGAUGCUUUGCAAAACCCCACAUGUACCUCAAAUGUAAUCCAACGAGCUAUCUUCCUGUCCUUCAGUUGACCGAUCGAACGAUCAUCAGUGACAUAUCAAUAGAUGAUGGUAUCUUUCACGUUCAUGAGACAUCCAAGGAGCCAGACGACUUCCCAGAUAGUUCAGACCCUGUGCUCUAUGCCUUAUCAGAACAACGAGGUGUGGUGACGUGGGCUAUCGAUAGUAUGACAUGCAAGAACGCAAAGCUGGACAAAAGCGACUAUAGAUGCUUCACCGCCCAUAGUGACUGCAUUGAUGUUACUGAAGACAGAACGACGAAACAUGUUGGUUACCGGUGCAAGUGCUCUUCGGGUUUUGAAGGGAAUCCUUAUGUCCAAGAUGGAUGCAGAGGUCAAUGCUCAAGAUACAGCUGAGGAGAAGCUCUCCAUCAAACACAAGAAAACCAAGGUAGCAACAAAGUAAAGGAAGGAAGCAACAAAGCCAAGGAAGGGCCCACUAGAGCAAAGAGCCUCAACUAGAAUUAGCACUUAUCUAUCUAUCAACAUGUAUGAUAUGUACUAGAUAUUUGGUACCACGGAGAAUUAUGUAUCUUUUGUGUAUGACUGGGCA